AUGUCCGAGGCCGUGGCGGAAGUCCAGGGCCUCAUCUCACAGGACUCCUCCAACAUGGCCCGAAGACCCGGCACACUGCGAGAGCUUCACCGGGCCCUCUCUGCCGCUGCCGGCAGCUGCCUUUUGGAUGGGCUUGCACGGCUUACGCCACAACAUCUCAGCAACACCGCCCAAGGGCUCGGUACUUUGAGGCCUCGUGGCAUCCUGGCCACCGAGAGGACCGCUGCGCAAUCUGCGAGAAACAUCCCCAGCUUCCGCCCGGAUGGGCUGGCGACCUUGGCUUGGUCUUGCGCACGCUUCGGCCACUACCACCCAGCGCUCUUCCAUGCGAUCGGGUUGGAGGCAGGGCAGCUGCUGGAAAACUCUCAGACAAGCUGGGCCACCACAGGAAACCUUCGUGAAGAGAACGUCGGAAUGCUGUUGGAAGCUUUCAGCUGCUUCGACUCCUGCGCCGGCCUUGCCUGGCAGCUUGUGGAGCGUGCCGAGGCCAAUGGCCUCUUCCCAGACGGGCCAAGCCUUGGCUGCCUUGCAGCGAGUUGUCGACGUCGAGGGGAGGAUGACAGGAGGUUGCUGGAAAUCUAUGCCUCGUGGCAAAGAAGACAGGGCAAUCCUGCGCUGGAGUCCAUCUGCCUUGUUGCGCUGGCACGCCGCUUAUCCAUCGAAGGAGGUGCCGAGGAAGCUGUGCAGCUGCUGCAAGCCGCAUCUCAGCGCCUGCCGCUGGAUUCAGCAGCUGAUGGAGUUUGGUUGGCGUGUGGUGGAGACUCCGAGGAUCUGGAACGGAAGGCCUGGACGAUUCGGUCCGGGAACGACUACGGCAAGGAGCUGCGACUUCUCCAGCACGCCAUGCGGGCGACGCGGGACCCCCGUGCCGUCGCAGGGGUCAUGGAAUCUUUCGGGGCCGAGGAGCUGCCGAGCUUCAGCAAGUGGCUCAAGAUUGCCGGCGGCCAAAAGGCCCAAGUGCUCACAGCUGCAGCCAAAGCCAGUCCCAAAGGACUGGCCCUGGAGCUGGGUCUCUACUGUGGCUUCUCUGCUCUCCACCUGAGCUCCCUGAUGAAGGUGGUUUCUGUGGAGGCUGACUUUGUCCAUGCCCUCAUAGCCGAGACUCUGCUGAGCUUUGCCGGGGUGGCGCAUGAGGUCGAGAUUGUGGUUGGGCAUACCGAGGACGUGAUGCCGUGGCUGAUUGACAAGAAGCUGAGCAAAGUCGGCUAUGUGUUCAUGGACCAGCGUGGGUCCAGGUAUCAUGCAGAUCUCGAUGCCUUGCUGCAGUCCGGAGUCCUGCAAGAUGGCGCCGUGGUCGUGGCGGACAACGUGCUCAAGCCGGGAGCACCCCGAUUUCUUUGGGCACUGACUCGCCACCCUGCGUUCACCACAGAAGUUCUUGAAGUCACGGAGUAUGCGAUGCACAACGUGCAGGACUGGAUGACGGCCAGUGUCUACAGAUGCUUCGAAGGUGAGCCGCCGGAGGCGCUCGCCUGCGAGGCACCACCGUCCAUUCGGGUACUGGAGUGGGAAGCCGAGCGGAUGCGCGGCCGCAGCCACCUGCCACAGCAUGGGGGCAGGGGUGUCGACUUCGAGCAAUGGCAGGCUUUUGCGGCCAGCAUGAAGACAGCAAUGUGUGAAGCGCUCGAUGUGAAAGCUUCCCCCUUUUCCGACGACUCUGGUGUCGGCCUGUACGCUGGUUUUGUAUGCCAGUUUUGCGUGGAUCGCGGAGUCUGGUGGAACCAUCUUCUGGGUGGUUCAAGGCGGUGGGCGCAGCUGAGCUCACGGCUAACCAGUCAGCUGGCUGAUCAGGCGGAUGUGACAGCUGGAAUUGCAUAUCUUACCCGCGACUGGGCGGAGAUGGCGCGACGAUCACAUGCCGCUCUGGACCAGGAGUUUUGCGGAAGCUGGCGCACAAGCCUUCACGAGCUCGCAUCAAAGCUCACAGAUAUUUGGUCGGACAUCCGGAACGCCUCGCUGUGUACUGGGAUGGACCCAGUCAGCCCACGUGUGAAAUCUGCACGGUCCGCUCGGGCUGUCCUUGACCGAGACCCUGGAUCCAUGGAGGUUUUCUCCGCGCGCAGCCAGAAGCAGGACCGUGGUUCGAUAGCGCUGGCCCGAGCAGGCAGUGCGCCCUUGGGAGGUCAGUCGAUGACGUCCUUACAGCUGUGGCUGAAGGUGGACCGAGCAGUUCAACGAGCCCUGCAUGUAGAGGCUGAGCGCAUGCGCAAGGCCUUGGAAACUGACGACCCCAAGACAUUGCAGGCCAUGAUGAAUUGGUGGUCAGCAAACAACAGCUCGGUGGCGAGUGCUGCAGCCGCAGCGGUGUCCGCAGGCAGCGGUCUGCUGGAUGAUGGAUUUGACGAGCAGAAGGAAACCCUGGGUUCCCUGCUCUUGUCCGAGCGGCUGCACCAACGCUUUCAGUACCGGUCCUUUGCCAAGGGCGAUGAAGCGCCCGGGCUGGAGGAGCCCAGCGCGGGAGUCGAAGAGUUCGAACGGCUAGAACAGGCCCUGGCAACGAACUUUGAGUCCCUCCAGGACCUUCGAAGGCGCCUUGCGCCAAUGGCCUCUCCGGCAGGGACACUGCGCUGCCCCUGCCGCAAGGAUCUGCUGGAGGGUGCAGCGGAGGUACAGGCAAUGUUGCGGAGAAGUUUAUCGUCGACACCCUGGGCGAUGAUGAGGUAUGCCGAAGAAGGAAAGCCAGCUGCCGACGUCCCGGAAGAUAGCCCCGAGGAUCGUCAGGCGGAGCGUCGCAUUUUGAUGACCUUGGCCUUGGCGACCUGCAGUGGUGUUGCGGCAGUUCCGUAUGCUGUCUUCGCCGGGGCUUGGCUGUGGGCAAUUGCUUUCUUCGGGUUUGCCCUUGCAAAUGCGGUUCUGCUGCUGAACUACCAGCGGCUGUCGCUUCCACAUGUGCACCGUCGCUUCGAGCGCCAGCUCAGCCACCUGUCGUCCAGACGGGAGCAAAUCCUAGUGGAGAUCCGGGACCUCCAGCGCUCUUCGCAGAGGGCCGGGGCCGCACAUGCCCGCGCCUGCAUCUUCCUGCAGAGCGUGAACGUCCUGCGAAACAUCAACUAUUUCGUCCUCUGCAUCAAAACUGAAACGCAGAGGGCAGCAGCUGCAGCCAUGGGCGGCAUGGAAGGAAUGCAGGAGAGCGUUGUCCUGGGAGGUUUGAGGCUGCUCCUCGCCUUGCUCCCGCGAUGCGAGCAGCGGUGGGAGGCUGAAAUUUUGGCCGACGACGAUUGCCGUGUUGCUGUUGCUGCACUGUCGGACAGAGAGACUGAGCCCAACGCACGGCUCGUCGCCGAAAGCCAGAAGCGCUUGUGGAUUUUGCUGAGAAUGGUCCAUCUCUCAUCGGUUCUGCCGAUUGAGGCACAAGGCCAGCUCGGCUCCCUUAUACAGCGUUAUGCACGGCCGAUUUUGAUUGAGGGCCGCGUCCCGUUGCAAAAUGCAUCGGCCUUGGAGAUGACCAGCAAGACAAGCCCGAAGCAGGAGACCCUGCUCAAGGCGGCCGGCAACGGCGAAAAGGUCGAAAAGGAGAUGCCGGAAUGGAUGUCGCAGGCACUGGGGGAGAAUUGGGAGCAUUGUGCACGGCUCUAA